AGUGGCCGGGGGAGGAGCGACGCGGGGCGCGGGGAAGGCGGUGAGGAGAGACGGCCUCGCCGGGGCGAUCCCUGGAGCGAGGAACACGGCCCGGCGUCUCCGGGGUCCAGGGCGCCGUGGCGGCGGUCGCGGGUGGGCGAGUGGGUUGUGCGCCUGGGCGCCCGGAUCCAGCACUCCGUCUGGCCGGGCCGCGCCCCGCGCACAAACCUCCCGCGCUGCAGUGCGGCUGCGCCCCGCUGCGCGUGCGCCGCGCACCUGCGUAGCCUACCGUGGGUCUCAGAGGCGAACCCAGUGCGGGCAUUCGCAGAGUACUCUAACCUGAAAGGACCCGCGCGGUUUUUAGCUAAGAAAAGUCUGGCUGCUCUGCCUUAGCUCUCUCCAUUGCGUAAAAUGAAGGCCUGGAAGAAACAAAGACCGGGAACAGAGGAAGCGUAAUGUACUGCUGAAGAUUAGGAUAGUGGUAGCGGACGGGUGUCUUUCCCGUGCCCGGGUAUACUCAGAGACCUAACUGAUCUUGUAGAUCAUUGGUUUUGAAGACGAUGCAUCUAAGGUGGUUAUCUGGAGAAAUUAUUUCUCGGGUUUCCUGGUAAUUCUGUGAUAAUACAGGAAUGCAAACUGAAAGUUUUACGGAUCACUAUAGUACAUGUUUUGAUGUGUGGUUUUGGCUUUGCUGUGAAUGUGCUCCGUUAUUUAGAAUUCCUUGUGAUUGGAAAAAAAAAAAAAAAAGCACACUAUUUUUAUGUCUCAAAAUAAAUAAAGGGCAGGGCACAUAGCUUAGUGCGAAGGCCCUGGGUUCAGCUCCCAAUGCCAUAAAAACAAAACUUUCCCCACCUCCAAACUUAGUGAGGUUUGUGAUCACCUCUGCACCGGGUGUCCGCGGCGGCAGGAACCAGGAGAGACUUGUGAGGAUUCAGAGCCCACCUGUCCCCGAAAGUGGGCGGGAGGAAGAACUCCUCUGUCUUCUUAGAGGCCCUGCAGAUUCAACUAGCAACAGGCAGAUUAACGGGGAAAGUUUUAGUACCUAUGUGUAAAUGUAAAAUGCUACAGCUAGGGUCCCGCUUAUUACUACAGUCCCCGGGGUAAACUGUCAUAGAAAGGUAAAUAUUUUGGGGAAACUAAGGGUAAGAGUUAUUUAGUAAGGUUUAUUAUGCAGACUCAAAGUGGUGCUUUCCCCACUGAUAAAAUCUCUUCUUCCUGAAAACGGAGAAGACAUAUUUACAAGUGGAACUUUGGUGGCCUUUUACAUAGUGAAAUGUAUGCCUUGUAUUUAGAUCAGAAGGGCCAAGGCAAACAAGCAAAUUGCUUUCAGUUCAAAAUAAUCCUUAGGCAAAAAUAGCAUAUUUUGGGGGUGGCAUGUGCUGAUCCCCUUCGGAAGGAAAUCCUUGCUGUUGGCCUGCCUGGUGAUGGGAGCUGCUUUGGGUGAAUUGACUGUCGGAUGUUUCUGUUUUUCAGUGUAGUUUGGGAGCACAGGAGGUGGCUGCCUGCGCAGAGCCCAGCUGCGGUGCCCGGCAUGGACGGCUAUGUGGUCCUGAGAGUGAUCGGGGAGGGCUCCUUCGGCAGAGCUCUUUUGGUUCAGCCGAAAAGCAACAAUCGGAUGUUUGCCAUGAAAGAAAUAAGGCUUCCCAAGGUUACUGCUAAAGAAAGUAGCUUACAUAGAAAGUGAACAUGUAAUUUAUAGGAGAGUAAAUCCUUGAGGUUUAAUACGGAAUUUCUCCUUGAAAAAUAUGUAAUAGUUUAUUCAUUACUAGUUUCACAAGGGCUUGAUAUAUUUUAUGCAGUUCUUAGGAUAGUGUCCUCAACAAAGGGUGAGAAACAGUCAUUGUGUGCUAUUUUAUCUCUGUAAUAAUUUCCAAUUUCAUAUACACAGUAUGAACAAAACCAUUAACAAAAGCAACUAGGGUACAAUAAUCAUAAAAGAACAUAAAAAUACAGUGAUGAACAAAUCUUUGAAAUACAAACCUGUAGUUGUCAGGCAACCUACUCAUUGGAUCAGUUUAUAAUCUUAUUUCCCUGUAGACAAUUUAUUAUAGUUUAUCAUCAUUGUUCUAUGGAAGAACCCACGUCAGGAAGAUAGCUUAAUGUUAUUUUGACCAACUUUCUACAAAUACAUUUUAAUAAAGUUCUUAGAGUGCUAGGUUUAUUUUCCCCACAGUCUGCUUUAUUUCAGACUUGAGAGUGUAUCAAACAUGUGAUUCUGCAGGUCUGGGUAUGCCUGUGAGUUUGUGUUUUAACAUAUUUUUGGUUGCUGCAGUGGUUCCGAGAACCUUUGUGCUAUUACCCAGCCUGUGGCAGUUUCUUUUCUUCUUGUUUUUGCAGUGCUGGGGAUGGAACCCAGGGUCUUGCACAUGCUAGGCCAGCGCUCUACCAGUCCCUAUCCAGUUUCUUGAUUAUAAAAGUGAGACAUUCAAGGGGCAUGUGGCUGGAACGCUGCCCCAGGCUGGAGUCAGCCUGGCAGCCAAGUGCAACACCAAGUCAACCAAGAACUUGCUACACAUGAAGUUCAUGCAAAGAGGACUGGCCUCAGAAACCAAGAAACACCUAGAGAGGAGGCAGAGAAGAUCAUUAGCAAAGAGCACUGGUACUUUGAUUUGCCGAUGGUUAAAGAGAAAGUAUUUCAUAAUUCUUUCUCUGAUACACAGAAUUCUAGGAGGGAGGCUGUCCUAUUAGCCAAAAUGAAACACCCCAAUAUUGUUGCCUUUAAGGAAUCAUUUGAAGUUGAAGGACAUCUGUAUAUUGUGAUGGAAUAUUGUGAUGAAGGGGAUCUAAUGCAGAAGAUUAAACAACAAAAAGGAAAGUUAUUUCCUGAACAUACGAUACUUAAUUGGUUUACACAAAUGUGCCUUGGGGUAAAUCAUAUUCACAAGAAACGUGUGCUACAUAGAGACAUCAAGUCCAAGAAUGUCUUCCUCACCCAGAACGGAAAAGUGAAACUGGGAGAUUUUGGAUCUGCCCGUCUUCUCGCCAAUCCCAUGGCAUUCGCUUGUACGUAUGUGGGAACACCUUAUUACGUGCCCCCAGAGAUUUGGGAGAACCUGCCUUAUAACAAUAAAAGUGACAUCUGGUCCUUGGGCUGCAUUCUGUAUGAACUCUGUACCCUGAGGCACCCGUUUCAGGCAAAUAGUUGGAAAACUCUUAUCCUCAAAAUAUGUCAAGGGUCCAUCCACCCACUGCCACCUCGUUAUUCCUGGCACCUUCAGGACCUCGUCAGGCAGAUGUUUAAGAGGACGCCCUCGCAGCGCCCCUCGGCCACCACCCUGCUCUCCAGCCACUGUCUGGCUCCCCUGGUCCAGAAGUGCUUACCCCCUGAGGUUAUCACAGAAUAUGGAGAACAGGUAUUAGAUGAAACGAAAACACACAAGUGUAGUACACCAAGGAAAACGGUGCUGAGGAUCAAACCCAAAGACCCCAGCAGAAUCAGGACAGCUUUGGGCAGUGACUCAAAUACAGUGCAACAGGAGAAACCAGGUAGGAAGUACAGUCAUACUAAUUUUGAAGCCCCUCAUACAAAUUCAGCUGAAAAUGCUUUGAGGAGAGUCGCUGGAGGAAAAAAAGAGUCAGGUAAUCAGUCAGCCCAUCCCAGAAAAGCCAGUUCACCAAGUCCUCAUAGACGACAGUGGGAGAGAAAGGAACCCAGUACAGUUCUCUCAGCUUUGGAGAAUGCAUCCAUCCUUACCUCUAGUUUGACAACAGAGGAUGAUAGAGGUGGUUCUGUAAUAACGUACAGUGAAAAUAACACCCGGAAGCAGUGGCUCAGAGAGACUCCUGACACGCUGCUGAACAUCCUUAAGAACGCAGAUCUCAGCCUGGCAUUUCAAACAUAUACAAUAUAUAGACCAGGAGGCUCAGGAGGAUUCUUAAAAGGCCCUUUGUCCGAAGAAACAGAAGCAUCAGACCGUGUCGACGGAGAUCAGGAUUCUAUCGUUUUGGAUCCUGAGAGACUUGAACCUCGGCUGGACGAGGAGGACACGGACUUUGAAGAUGAUGACGGCCACGAUUGGGUGUCAGAACUGAAGGAGCGAGUUGGAUGGCAGGGCAUGUGUGACGGAUAGUGCCUUCGUCCUGUGGGGAAGAUGUUUCAAAUGAAGAAUUCAUGUUUGGAAUCAGAGGGAAGAGGGAGAAA